AUGUGUGUGUGAAUGACGAGAAAGAGAGAGAGAGAGAGAGAGAGAGAGACUGUCUCCCCCAUGCUGCUGCCCAAGUAGAGGGUGAGCGGCAGGUUGGGGUAGGGAGGGGGAGGAGGAGAGAGACAAGAGCCUUGAAAAGUGAAGGCUGCUGAUUAAAUGUGAACCAUGGAUACCUGAGUGUGGAACUGAGACAAGGCAAAGUAUGAUUAUCCGCACCUAAACCAAACGGGCAAAAGGGAAUCAGACGGGGGAGGAGGGAGACGGUAAAGGCGGAGAGAUUGAUGCUGGCAAGAUAUUAAAGGAGAAACGUUUGGGGAGAACUAAAAGGCAAGAUCUGGGUUCUCUCUCUCUCUCUCUCUCUCCUCAAACCAAGUUGGAUAUCGUUGCACACUGAGUGGGUGAAGGAUAAAGAGAGUGGGGAAAGGGGACGGGGACUACAGUUCCGAAGCGUUCACACAUUAUGGAAGAAAAUGAUCAAAAUAAUCAUCCAGUGGACAAUCAGGAGUCGAGCAACGAGUCUAACCGAGCCAUCAUGCCGCUUCUCCAGGCGCCGGGCAACCAGCUCCCUCACCGGAUCACCAACUUUUUCAUCGACAACAUCUUACGGCCGGACUUCGGCAAGAGGAAAGACGGCCACCGCGACCAGAACCACGUCCCUGGGAGAGAGAACGUCAGCCCGUCGGCUGUGGUGUCCGGCCAGAGCGGAGGCAGUCCGCCCGGGGUGGGAGGAGGAGGCGGCGGUGGUGUCGGCGGAGGAGGAGGAGGAGGAGCUCCACCCAGCCCCUCUGGCCCGGCCAAGAAACGAGAUGUGGCGGGAGAAGGAGCGCUGAGGAACGGCGAGAGCGCCGAGCAGUCCCAGAGCUCGGAUUCCGACAGCUCCCACAGCAGCAGCAACGCAGUUUCCCAACCCAUGCUUUGGCCUGCGUGGGUUUACUGCACCAGAUACUCGGACAGGCCUUCUUCAGGUCCCAGGUCCCGCAAACCAAAGAAAAAGACUCCCAAUAAAGAGGACAAGCGACCCAGGACAGCGUUCACUGCCGAGCAAUUGCAGAGACUGAAAGCCGAGUUUCAGACUAACCGCUACCUAACCGAGCAACGCCGACAGAGCUUGGCUCACGAACUCAGUCUCAACGAAUCCCAAAUCAAAAUCUGGUUUCAGAAUAAGCGAGCCAAAAUCAAGAAAGCUAGCGGAUCAAAGAACACACUGGCACUCCAUUUAAUGGCGCAAGGACUGUAUAACCAUUCCAGUACGGGGAAAGAAGACAAGGACGAGAGUGAAUAGCAAAGAUUUAACAAAAGUGCGAAAAAAUACAAUGCAAUAAUAUAAAUCAAAAUAAAGGGCCAGUGUAUUGAGAAAGAGAGAAAAAAAGAUACCAGCAUAGUUUUUAAAAGAAAUGAAAUUGUAUGAGAUAUUAUUCCGCAAUAUUCUGUGUAUAUAAUUCAGGUAAGGUGUUGUAAAAAGAACUGAAAUAUUUCAAUAUAUGAUGAGAUAUUGUUUCUGGGAUUUCAGAAGCUACUUUUUUUUGCCGUGGAUAUUGUUUGUUGGUCGCAUUUUCUACCAGGCGUCGACUGGAUGCUGCAGGCGCUCGGUGAACAGACUAACGUGAAAUUUAAACCAACCUGCUGAAGUCCAAAGAAUUUUCCUGCUGUUGUUUUACAGAAAAAAAUGUUAAAUUAAAUAAAUAUCAAAUGUUUGAUUCUA